UACUGGAAAUCACCGCAUUUGAAUUGUACUCAUUUAUAUUUUUCAUGAUAAAAAAAAUUUAUUAUUGAAAGAAAGAAAGAAAGAGACUCCAACAGCAACAGAGGCUUAAGGGUUUGACCGGAUUGGAAUUCAGACACAGUGAACUUCAACCUUUGCUAUUUCCUGUUUCUCGAGAAACAAACAGAGAAGAGAAAGGAUGGUGCUCUCCACAUCUCUGCAUUCGCUUUGCAUAAUCCCCCAUACCUCUCAAUCUAAAAUCCCAAGCAUCUUCAACCUCCUAAAGUCUCCCUUAGCCAAACCUCACCUCAAAAUCAACCCCAUUUUCAAACCCUCUUCCCUUUCCCUUUUCACUCAACCAUCCAAGCUCAGACCAAAAACCCAAAAUUUCCGUACCCCCACCAUCCGCUCCCUCUUUACCGGUAUCGUCGAAGAAAUGGGUGAAAUCAAGCAACUGGGUAUGGCCGGUCACGGCGGAUUCGAUCUCAAAAUACACGCCAAAACUGUUAUAGAGGAUGUCCACCUCGGUGACAGCAUUGCGGUUAAUGGAACUUGCCUAACGGUGACGGAUUUCGACACCCAUUUGGGAGAAUUCACGGUUGGGCUGGCCCCUGAAACCCUAAGGAAAACUUCAUUGAGUGAACUGGAACCCGGGUCAUUGGUGAAUUUGGAGCGGGCUAUCCCGCCAACAGGCCGGAUGGGAGGCCAUUUCGUGCAAGGACACGUGGAUGGCACAGCGGAGAUAGUGGGGAAACAAGUGGAAGGGGAUUCAUUGUGGAUCAAGGUUAAGACGGAUAAAAACUUAUUGAAAUAUGUAGUGCCAAAAGGAUUCAUAGCUAUAGAUGGGACUAGUUUGACAGUGGUGGAUGUGUUUGAAGAGGAACUUUGCUUUAAUUUCAUGCUAGUAGCUUAUACUCGGCAGAAAGUGGUGAUUCCUUUGAAGGAAAUUGGGCAAAAGGUGAAUUUGGAGGUGGAUAUCCUCGGCAAGUAUGUUGAGAGGCUUCUCAGCAGUGGUUUUGUUGAUUCCAUUAAAGGCUCACGAUUUCCAGAAACUCAUAACAAGAAUUGAUGAAAAAUAAAACAAGUUUUAAUUCCAGAAGGUAGUGAAGAGGAUGGAUGGUUUCAUUUCAAGGAAAGGGUGGUUUCUCUUUGCACAGCAUUUAACCUUCUUCAAUAAUCAAUCAGCCAAGCUCACUUUGGGGGGCUUCAGCUAUAGACUUCACCAUUCACCUUUGUUUAUUUAUAUCAAUUCUGAUAUUUUGAGACAUUGCCCUAUCUGUGUUCUUUUUCAGUAAGAUAUCUGUGUUUGUGUU